AUGGAUCUGACUCAAGGUGUCUUCUUAGACCGUGAUGGUUAUAUCCCGGACAAACCAGGUGGAAAGGACGUCUACUGGGUCACGUUGUGGUUCGACCCUGAAGAAGCUAGGUUAACAGACGUCGCAUUGGCCCAUCUAAUGACCUACCGUAUUCGAAACCGACAGACGACAAUUAACACCGAACCUAAGCACCAGCGGUACUCUCACUGUUUGUCACUAUGCAUCGAAGCAUAUAUGUGGGAUGAAGAUAUGGUUUAUGAAAUCGCAGAACGUCUCAUGGAUUGGUAUUUUGCUAAUAUCUCUGCACAAAAUAUCAUUUUCAAUCGGAGUCUGAUCUUCCGCAGGAGAUCACUCGGUUGA